GCCGGCCUGUUCUGUAGAGAGCGCUCUAUCGCCCCGUUCCUGCUGCGGCAGGGGUCGCCCAAACCUCGCAGAAGGCGGGACGCAGCACGUGGGUGGCGACGGCUUCCCGCGCGAGCUUCCCGUGCGAGCUUCUCCCGUGGCGGCGGGCUCCGAAGCGCGUCCCCGCGCGCCCCCAGCUCUCCCGGGCCGCAGGCACAGCCCCGCCCGGCCUGCCAGCCACUCCUCCUCCGCCUCCCUCCGGGACUUUUACUUUCAGUUUCCCUAAAGCUGCCCUCGACCCUCGCGGAGGACGCACGCCGCCCUGGGCUCCUGGCCGCCGCCGUGGGAACGAUGACAGAUGAUCAGGACUGUGCUGCGGAGCUGGAAGAGGUGGAUUCUUCCAGUGAAGACGGAGUUGACGCCAAGCCAGACCGCUCCUCCGCCAUCAGCUUCAUCCUCCGGAAAAAGAAGAAAAAUGCCUCCGUGUGCCCCGUCAAGACCACCCGCGACCAAGCACCCACUUACUUGUACCGCAUGGAUUUCGAGAAGAUGGGCAAAUGCAUCAUCAUAAAUAACAAGAACUUCGACAAAGCGACAGGUAUGGAUGUCCGGAAUGGGACGGACAAAGAUGCAGAGGCCCUCUUCAAGUGCUUCAAAAGCCUGGGGUUUGAAGUGUCCGUCCACAAUGACUGCUCUUGUGCAAAGAUGCAAGAUCUGCUUAGAAAAGCCUCUGAGGAGGACCACAGCAACUCAGCGUGUUUUGUCUGCGUCCUGCUAAGCCAUGGAGAAGAGAAUGUGAUUUACGGGAAAGACGGCAUGACACCCAUAAAGGAUCUGACGGCUCAUUUUAGGGGAGACCGGUGCAAAACCCUGUUAGAGAAACCCAAGCUCUUCUUCAUUCAGGCUUGCCGAGGGACGGAGCUGGAUGACGGCAUCCAGACGGACUCAGGGCCCAUCAAUGACACGGACGCUAGUCCCCGGCACAAGAUCCCCGUGGAAGCCGACUUUCUCUUUGCUUACUCCACGGUUCCAGGCUAUUACUCCUGGAGGAACCCAGGAAAGGGCUCCUGGUUUGUGCAGGCCCUCUGCGCCAUCCUGGAUGAGCAUGGCAAGGACCUAGAGAUCAUGCAGAUCCUGACGAGGGUGAACGACAGGGUGGCCAGGCACUUCGAGUCCCAGUGUGACGAUCCGCGCUUCAACGAGAAGAAGCAGAUCCCAUGUAUGGUGUCCAUGCUCACCAAAGAGCUCUACUUCGGCCGUCGAGCACCCUCCAGCUGAGAAUCUGCCGUCGAUCAUUGAAGAAUCCUGUUUUUAUUUUCUUUUUCUUUCGAUGCUCUCAAAAUAUCCAGAAAUGUUAAGGGGAUUUAAUUUCAGGAAAGUACAUUGAUUCAGCAGGGAGGAAGUUCUCUGGUGAUGUUUGAUAUUCUGGGUUUCCAGAUUUUUUUUUUUAUGUUUAAUAACUUUGUUCAUCCGAUGACUUCAUACUUUUCCUUUAAGGUUGAUUUCCUAUUUCUAUUUUUUUCCUUCAUGCUAUGAGCAUGACCUCUGGAGAAGAUAUUAGCGAUGACAUGGAUGGAAAGUCAGAGUCAUAGUUAAACUUGGUGAGGAGAAUCCCAGCUCUUGAUGAAAGGCUGCAGCUGAGACCCCUGUCGGCCUCCAUUGGAAAAGGCGGCUGGUGAGAGGGUUGAAUGGUUGUUUCAGUGGCGUAGGACAGAUUCUUAUGCAGACCUUCCCAGGUAGCUGCUGAGACAAGAAGACAGUUAAUAUUCUAGUAUAUAGGACCCGAUCCAAAAAACAAGCCAUUCUAGGAAUAUCAGUGCAGAAGGGUCGAUACAAGGAAUUCACUUACGUGGGUAAUUAAGAGAGAGCCAAGCAGUAGACGCCUGUUACCUCACGUGCCACUGUGUGACUGUAAGAGGAGUUUGGUUCCCUGUCAUCAGUAUGACAGGGCAUCCUUCUCGAAGGCAGGUCCGUGGAGGGCUAUGGUGAUUGGGUCCAUGCCCAGGACAAGCCACUGUCUGAGAUAGAAACCAAGCCAGAACUGAGUCAGACACCAAGACACACCCAGGCCUGUGCCCACAUCCCCCAGCCCCUUAACGUACCAGGGUGCGUGAAAGCCAGCUAGUGGGGCCUGGGGACUGCGCUACCCUGUGAUGCAGAGCAGAGGCAGAGAUAGCAAGGCAGGGGCAGUGGUGGGGUAACCUUGGCCAAAAUGUGAAUUAAAUAACCAUGUCCUCUGGCCGUGCUACAGUGUACUCAUUCUUAUUCAGUGAUCUGCUGGAUCAUCCACACAGGUGCUAAACAGUAACCCAUUUCACUUCAUGUGCAGGACAAUGUUUUUGUACCUCAGAUAUAGCUGAAAUUCUUUCAAAUAUUCCAAGAUUUUUUUUCUGAAUAAUCUUUGGUUCUACAAAUGACAUUUUAGGCAAAGAUCUUGGCAUUUUCUUCUCAAGGUAUCGUUUUCUUUGGAAUUCAUCAUACAUUCCUGUUUUUCCCGCCUAAGUGGUUGACAGAUGUUCCUAUUUAUUGAUUAAAAUAUGUUUCAGAAACUC